UGUUCUUUUAUAUUUACAGUUUGUUACAUCUAAAGAUCAUCUUGGCAGUGUAACUGAACAUCAAGCAAAAUGAAUGGCUUUAGUAGUGAAGAAUUCAAUUUUACUUUCCUUGACGAAGGCUUUACUGCAAAGGACAUUGUAGAUCAAAAAAUAAAUGAAGUUUCUUCUUCGGAUGAUAAAGAUGCAUUCUAUAUUGCUGACCUUGGAGAUGUUCUGAAGAAGCAUCUGCGGUGGUACAAAGCCCUCCCUAGAGUGUCUCCUUUUUAUGCUGUUAAAUGUAAUGACAGCAUAGCUGUAGUGAAGAUUCUUGCUGCACUUGGAGCAGGAUUUGAUUGUGCCAGCAAAACUGAAAUACAGCUGGUCCAGAGUGUUGGUGUGCCUCCUGAGCGUAUAAUAUAUGCAAAUCCUUGCAAGCAAGUUUCUCAGAUAAAGCAUGCUGCAAAUAAUGGUGUGCAGAUGAUGACUUUUGAUAGUGAAGUGGAGCUGAUGAAAGUUGCAAGAGCCCAUCCAAAAGCAAAGCUGGUUUUGCGCAUUGCAACAGAUGACUCGAAGGCAGUUUGUCGCCUGAGUGUUAAAUUUGGUGCCACACUAAAAACUAGCAGGUUGUUGCUUGAGCGAGCAAAAGAACUUGAUCUUGACAUCAUUGGAGUCAGUUUCCAUGUUGGAAGUGGCUGUACAGAUCCUGAUACCUUUGUGCAAGCUAUUUCUGAUGCCCGUUGUGUCUUUGAUAUGGGAGCUGAACUUGGUUUCAACAUGAACCUGCUUGAUAUUGGUGGUGGUUUUCCUGGCUCUGAAGAUGCAAAAUUGAAGUUUGAAGAGAUAACAAACGUAAUCAAUCCUGCUUUGGACAAGUAUUUCCCCUCUGAUUCUGGAGUGAGAAUUAUUGCGGAGCCUGGCAGAUACUAUGUUGCAUCAGCUUUUACGUUGGCUGUUAACAUAAUUGCAAAGAAAGUUGUAAUAAAAGAGCAGAGUGGAUCUGAUGAUGAAGAAGAACAGAAUGACAAAACUCUUAUGUACUAUGUAAAUGAUGGUGUAUAUGGGUCUUUUAACUGCAUCCUGUAUGAUCAUGCGCACGUCAAGCCAGUUUUGCAAAAGAGACCUAAGCCGGAUGAGAGAUACUAUUCCUGCAGCAUAUGGGGACCAACCUGUGAUGGCCUAGAUCGCAUAGUUGAACGCUGCAGCAUGCCAGAGUUGCAGGUUGGGGAUUGGAUGUUGUUUGAAAACAUGGGUGCCUACACUGUGGCAGCUGCUUCUACAUUCAAUGGAUUUCAGAGGCCGACAAUACACUACGUAAUGUCAAGGCCAGCAUGGCAGUUGAUGGAGCAGAUAAAGGAGCAAGGUUUCCAAGCCGAAGUGGAAGAGCAGGAUGUCACUUUGCCGCUGUCUUGUGCCUGGGAAAGUGGAAUUGAACACUAUCCAGCAUCUUGUGCUUCAGCUAGCAUUAACGUAUAGAUAUGGAGUUAGAUAACUUGCAGACAUUAGGAAUGGAUUUUUUUUUUAGGGCUCUGGGGACCAUUAACUUAAUUGUUGCUAGAAUUUUUAAACAUUUCAAGAAACUAGAGUGUGUGUAAAAGUAACGGAAUAGUCAGUUAGACAAGGGGGUCACAUUUAUCUAUGUUCGUUCCUAUGGAAACUAUUUGAAUAUUGUUUUAUAUGGAUUUUUAUUCACUUUUCAAGCAAACUGAUCCUUGACUGUCAAGCAAGCAUUUGUAGCUUGUUUAUUUGGCAGGAUGGUCUGGAUGUAGUAUUGUGACCUGAUUGUUUUGCAAUAAAGUAUAUUGAAAUAAA